AUGGGUAGGCGACCAGGUAGAGCUGCGGCCAAGAAUGCUGCUGCUGCUUUGAAAAACACCCCGCAAAACUACGAUGAUGCCGAAGACGAGCAAAUGCAGGAUGUGGGAACCUCCGAAGCUGGAAGUCCCCCCGAGAUUGAGGAAGAUAAUGGAGAAGAGGAAGAAGAGGAAGAAGAAGGCACCCCAGCCGUUGAAUCCGAACCUGCAUCAGCACCAACUACUCCAGUCCCAGAACCUGUCGUUCGCAAGAAGAGAUUAGGCAGACCGCCGAAGAAUAGGCCAGCAGAUUGGGACACCCAAGAUGGAGAUAAUAAUAAUUCCGAGGCAGGCACGCCAGCAAAGCGAGGCAGGGGAAGAGGUAGUGGAUUUGGGCGAGGCGGAGGACGCUGGGCACGACGCGGAGGACCCUCGCAUGUUACACAACAACCCGUCGACAAGGAAGGGAACAUGAUGGACGUAAUUGAUGAUGAGGUUGAGCUGCCAGAGGACGCGGAAGGCGAGACCAAGGUCGACAAGAUGGGUCACCUGCAAGGCGGACGAGAUUAUCGGUGCAGAACAUUUACGGUCUACGGCAGGGGCUCACGACUCUACAUGUUGUCUACGGAGCCUGCAAGGUGUGUAGGAUUCCGAGACAGUUAUCUCUUCUUCACCAAGCACAAGCGCCUAUUCAAGAUCAUCAUCGACGACAACGAGAAGCGCGACAUGAUCGAGCGCGAGCUCAUCCCGCACUCUUACAAGGGCCGUGCUAUUGGUAUCGUUACCGCGAGAUCAGUCUUCCGCGAAUUCGGUGCUCAGAUCAUAGUCGGAGGAAAGAGAAUUAUCGAUGAUUACGAGGUCACGAAGGCGCGAGAGGAUGGAGUUGUCGAGGGCGAGAUUGCGGAUCCCAAUGAUAUCAUCAAGCCUGGCGAGGAGUACAACAAGAAUCAAUAUGUUGCUUGGCAUGGUGCGAGUUCUGUCUACCACACAGGCGCGCCAACGGUUCCAUUGCAGGCCGGGAAGAUUCCGGAUGGCAAGAAGAGAAAAGUCAUGAUCAAUGAUGUCAAUUGGCAGUUGGAGCACGCUCGAGAGGCAAGUCGAUUCAAUGCUGCUCUCGGCGCUCUACGUCGUGCGAACCUCAAUGGCAUCUACGAUAUACACACCAACGUCAUGCAUUACCCGAAGACAAUGCAACCAACACAUGCCCGUUGGGAGCAAAUCGAUGACAAUGAGGUCGAAGCCAAGUCACGUCUCGCGAGUGGCCACACAGAAGAUCACGAAGAUGGCGAAGAGAAGAGCAUGUUCACUCCCGUGAAGCCUAUCUAUUCCAAGAACUUCUUGGUCGUGGAUACAGUCUAUGAAUCUGCCCCAGCGGUCGGUCUCGGUGUUCCUGGCCCUGACGGUGAUACUUACGACUUGGGCUUUAAUGGCCUGUCAAGUGUUUCUGAUGAUAUCAAGGAUGAGCUUCCUCCGGAAUGUCGCAAAGCUUUCGAGGAAGCUUUGGAGAAGGAGUUGCAGUGGAAGAGCAAAUGGGGAACCGAGACUCAAUUUGGGCACCGAAGGGCACCAAAGAUCGAUAAGGGAAUGGUUUGA